AUGGCCACGGCCCCUGCGCCUUCUGAGCAGGACGGGUCUCGGGUUUGUCAGUGUGUCGUGCGGCUGGGCCAGUGCCUCCGCAGGUUCUGGAACGUCUAUAUCCUGGGCUUCUUCGUUGAGGAGGAGAAAGAAUAUAUACCCCAAAGCCAGACUAUGUUUCAUAAAGAAAAAAUCAUGGCACUUGGCCAGACCUUGAAGAACAAAUCCCUGGCCAUCGAGGUGAGGGCUCGGGCCGCCUACAGGAUCGGGCUGCUGGCCUUCACAGGGGGACCCAUGGCCGGGAAGUUUGCGGCCGAGCACAUGAAGGAAGUGGCGAACUUGCUGCAGAGCGCCCAGGCAGCCCCCCAGGCGAGGAUCCUGCUGCUCCAGAGCGUGGCCUGCUGGUGCUACCUGAACCCCAUCACCCAGAAGAGGGCCAAGUUCCUGCAGCUCAUCCCCAUCCUCAUGGCGAUUUUUGAGAAGGUCCCCGAGUCCAGCAAGACGGACGUCAACAACAGCCUCCUGGUGAAGUUCUGGGCGUGCUACACCCUGUCCGUCAUGACCUGCAACAACCUUUCCUACAUGGAGGAGCUGAGGGAGCACUACCAGUUCAAGUACGAACUGCAGGCGCUGGCGCAGAAGGACUGGGCGGGCUGGCCCGAGAACUUCGCUGAGGUGCUCUACUUCCUCAUCGGUUUCCACAGGCACUGACGCCUCUCCCUCCGGGCCCGGCCGUCGGCACCGCCGGAGGGCCCUGGAACAGAAAUAAAUGAUCAAAGCCCACACGUCCCUCCUGGCGU